CGCUAAAACCCCAGUCGACUACUUCUCAACUCCUCUCUUCUCUUUCGCCGCCCUUCAGGGGUUGGGGUUUGGUUUUAGGGUUCGUUAAUCUCUGUGUCUCUCUAAUUUUCUUAGGUUCAUCUCACUAGAUUCACUCUGUCUGGUUUCUCUAGGGUUUCACUUUACUCUCGUUGCAAGGGUUUCAAGGGAUUUCUUUUAAGGAGUUUCUCUCUAUCAUUCUUCUUCGUCUCCCUGUCUACUGGUUUUAAGGAGUUUCUCUCUAGGAUUCUUGUUCGACUCCCUGUGUACUGGUUUGAGGUUUUGCUUCUGGUUUUUGGGGUGGUGUUUGUGUGGGUUUCUGCUAAUUUGGGUGGUUUUCUCUUGAGCCUGUUUCGUCUCCGGUUUUUCAUAAGGGAGCUUUUUGGGUCUUCAUCUUGGGUUUGAGGGGCUUUGCUUUUCCUUGAAUUAGGUCAUCUUUGGUGGCCAUGGAUUCAGACCAGGGAAAGCUAUUUGUUGGGGGCAUCUCAUGGGAAACAAAUGAAGAAAUACUUAAAGAUCACUUCAAGCAAUAUGGUGAAGUUCUUGAUGCGGUUAUAAUGCGAGAUAGGAACACAGGUAGUGCAAGAGGGUUUGGGUUCGUUGUGUUUUCAGAUUCCAAUGUUGCAGACAAAGCCCUCCAAGAAAAGCAUGUUAUUGCAGGGAGAACAGUGGAGGUGAAAAAGGCAGUUCCGAGGGGUGAGCAGCAAAACUCUGCUUUGAAUAAGAACAAUAACAACAGUGGCACCAACAGCAACAACAAUGGCACCACUAAUAGUACAUCUCAGUUUAGGACCAAGAAGAUUUUUGUAGGGGGUUUAUCUGCUAAUUUAACAGAGAACGAAUUCAGGAGUUACUUUGAGAAAUUUGGUAGGAUCACAGAUGUAGUUGUCAUGUAUGAUUCAGCGACUCAUAGGCCUCGAGGAUUCGGUUUCAUAACAUUCGAUUCCGAAGACGCAGUUGAAAAUGUUAUGCAAGAGAGUUUUCAUCACUUAAACAAUAAACGAGUCGAGGUUAAGAGAGCAGUUCCGAAAGACGGAAGCCAAAGCCAGAACAGAGGUCAAAGUAGGAGCCCGAUGUAUAGUAGCUUUAAUAACAAUGCCCCAAUUGGGGUUUACCCAUCUUAUACCCCUAGAUAUGGAGUUUACCCUGGUUAUGGUCAUGUGUCUACAUACCUUAACACUAGGGGUGGUUACCCUGCAUAUUAUGCUAUAGGAGGUUACGGUGGUAUUCCUCAAGCCCCUUAUGGGCCUGGGUUUGCUAAUGGCCCCCCUGUUGGACCCCCUAGAAGUCCAUGGAAUGGUGCUACUAUUGUGGGGCCAAGGCAAUGCCCUGCUCCCUUUACUAAUGCUGUUUAUGGUUAUGGGGGUGAUGCCAUGGGGGGCUAUGGUGGGCAUCAUGGGUAUGUUAAAGCGGGUGGUUAUGUCGGCAUGGGUGGUUAUGGUGGGAUGAUGGCUCAUGGAAAUGGUAAUCAUAAUCAAGGUGCUAGCCCUAGGGUUGAUGGUGGGAAAUUUGAGGAGAAUUCGAAUGGUUAUGGUGGGGCAGCGAGGCAAAACCAGAGGGGACAGGAGCAGCGUUUUAGGCCCUAUGCAGAUCGUGUUGCUUGAUCGAUUCUGUGAUGAAGGGUCUAAAAUUUCUAAAUCUGACUCUUAUCUCUCUCUUCUUUUCUUUUCCUUUUUUUUUCUUUUUUCUUUUUUUCCCUUCAUUUUAGUUGGUUAUGUUUGUUUCUAUUUAUUUGGAUUAUUACAAUGUAAAGGAGAAUUUCCGCUUAUGUGCAUGCGUUUCUCAUCUAAUUAUGGGUUGCAUUAUUUGUUCAA